UAUGAUGGAAGUGGUUGACUCCGCGAAGGAGUCCGUAGCAGAAGCCCUUACUUUCGAGAACAUGUACUUUGCCUUGCUCGGGGCUGCAGAGGACUUCCGUAUUUCUAAAAACCCUGACAUUAGGAAAUCUAUACAUUGUCUGGAAGCUAUUCUAACGCUUAACCCUCCUGCCAGAGUCGAGGUGCGAACACGCUUCCAGAUUGCUCAGCUCAUGUGGUUACACACAAAAAACAUCGACCACGCUAGGGACCACCUCAAGAAGGCGCUAUCCAAAGUAAAGGACCUGACAUCGAUGGAGGAGCUAAAACUUGAGAUAACAAGUUUGUUGGCGUCAGUCUACAUGGCUAAACACAAGAACAACGAGGCGGUAAAACUGUUAAACAACACUAUAGAACUGGCUAUCAACUACCAGUUUUGGUACUGUCAGAUGUGUUUCCAGCUGGCAAAGGCUAACAUGGACUUAGGUAAGAUAAGUGCAGCAGUGACCACCCUAGCAGCUGGAGCGGAGUACGCGGGCCGGAUAAACGCUCAGAACACCAGACUCCUCUUCUCCCUGUCCCAGGCCAUGGCGCUUCUAGUCCAGAGAAACUUUGACGUAGCUGACGUGAUCCUGAAGGAGGUAGGAGCGAUAUUAGAGAACGCUGAGCAGUCCGGGCUAGCACUGACCAGUACGGAGAUCCUGAGUCUAAAGGUCUUUCACCACAUACUUCAGGUGUCGGAGUACAUCUGGCAGGGGCUCAUCAAGUCUGCUAGACAAAGCCUCAAACAAUUACAUUCCUGCUACAAGCAGCUCACUCAGCUCGACGCUAACAACGUUGCAAGUACGAAUAACACAGCGGAGAUGUUUCAUUGGAUGAACACACAGCAACUCUUUCUUCUAGUAUAUGUAGUAAGUGUGAUGCACGCUUUGCAACAAGGCUAUACCGACAAGGCUGAAAGUUACGCCAAGAAAGCACUUCACCUCAUUGACAAACAGAGAACCUAUAAUAACGACAGUCUGCUGUCCUCAUACCAGAUCAUACUCUUGGAGCAGCUAGUACUCACACACCUCCUCAAAGGAAGCACUAGUGGUGCUAUCAAGGAACUGCAGAAGUGCACUGCUGUCUACCAGAAGCACCACCACACCCUGAAGCACCACCGCGCGUCCCUCCACACUGCGCUCGGACUCUACGCCAUGGCGCUGCCUGACUCUCUGGAUAAUGCGCUGGCGCAGUUCAACGCAGCACUCAAAUACACUGCUGAGCCGGAACAGGUGGCGUUUAUAAAGUUGAACUCAGCGAUAGUGCACAUAAAACAAGAUCUGCCUCCCGAGCAGCUAAAUAGUUUACUAGAGUCAAUAGAACCUGGCAAGAUGCCCAACAAGUGUCACAGUCUGAAGGCGAGUAGUUACUGUAUACAGGGACUAGCUGCACUGGUUGAGGGGCGCAUGAAGGACGCUAAGAGUAAGCUGCGAGAGACCCUGGUCAUGGCUAACAAAGCAGACCUCAACAAGCUGACGAGCUGCGCGUUUGUGCUGCUGGGAGACAUCUUCCUCAAGAUGGACAAUAACAGGGACGCAAUAGAGAUGGUGCGCAGUGCGCACGACAUCGCAAACAGGAUCCCAGACGUGGGACUACAGGUGUGGAGCGCGCAGCUGCUGAGCUCGCUGUACGAGAAGACGGGGGACGCGGUGCGCGCGGAGGAGUACGAGACAGUGAGACAGAAGAUCAGUCAGACUACCAGCACAGACGUGGAACUCACUGUUAACUCUACUGAACAUUGUCUCCUUCAGUGGCUGGACAGUGAGUUCCCUCCUAGCUCUAUGAGCAUGGUCUAGUGUGUGUAUAAGUGUGUUCAGGGUAUCAUUAUCGGUGUGAUACAAUUGAGAACUUUUUAAUCAAGCUGAAAUGUAUUCUUUAUUUAGUACAAUGUACAUAUUAUUAGAUAUACAACCAAGGACACUCUCCGCCCUUAACUUGAUUGGCUCACCAUGGUAUAAUAUUUGUUGAAUAUGACUGUUCUUUCUGUACGAUUCUAUAAUGACGGACGAAUUUUAAAUUCUACAUCUUAAUCAUGGUCUUCUUUUUAUACAUACUGUGAACGAGAAUAACAUGUCCAUAAGCGCUUUAGUAAUUUAUUUUAACUAUAUCGUUUCAAAGAAAUAUUUGCCGAUUUUCACGAGGGUGAUUAUUUAAUGAAGUUUUAUAUUUAACCGCUGUUUAAACUACAUUCAAAUGUUUUUUCAUCUCAAAUUUCAUCUCCAAUUUCAACAAAACAUUCGUGAA